AAAAAUCACCCAGAACAUCGGAAAUCUGCUCCGGAGUUGACGGAAGACGAAACACCAAUAGAAGCCGCUUUCGUAGAUGCGAUAUUGGAUCGUCGACGAAGUAGUGUACCCCCGAUUGCUGAUGGUAUCCUAGCUCCACCGACUCCACCAGCAGCCUCCACUCCAUCGUCUACUACUGUGAGACAAGAUUCGCCCCAAUUUGAAAGACGGAAUUCACUUUUACCAAACCGAAUCAGUGGACGACAAUCGACUCGAAGUAUGCGUGGAAAGAGGAAGACAAGAGCUGUACCGGAGUUCUAUGAUCACUCUCGCCAUCCGAGCAUCCGUCUCAAGGCCCCAAGCGCCAAAAAGAAGAAGAUGACUUUGAGUCGUGUGGAACAGGCAGAUGUUCAAGUAGAACUGCUCAAUGGUCAGCGUAUUGAGGUCAGUCACGCAUCACGUACAUACGUUCUAUAA